ACCACGCAGCUAGCGAGGCAAUAGCGCUGCAUUGUCUUUGUUCCUCCACUCAGAAUCUCUCCCCGUCUCUCUCUAUCCUUUCCUCUACUUCCAUUACAGUAUUACACGGGUCUGGAUGAUUGCAGAGACAGCAACAUGGCUGUGAAUCUCAGCAAGAACAGACUGGCCCUUCUAACAGCCUACCAGGAUGUUAUCAACGAGACCUCGUCCACCGACUGGGCCUUGUACACAUAUGAGGACAACAGCAAUGAUUUGACACUGGCAUCAUCAGGAGCUGGAGGUCUACCGGAGAUCACAGUGACCUUCGAUAAUGCCAGGGUCAUGUACGGCUUCUGCAGCCUGAAGGAGCCCACGGCCGCACUGCCGCGCUACGUCCUCAUCAACUGGGUUGGUGAGGAUGUGCCUGAUGCAAGGAAGUGUCAGUGUGCCAGCCAUGUGGCUAACAUUGCAGAGUUUUUCCAGGUCAGUCUCACUGAGGGAGUCAACAUCAUCGUCAAUGCCAGCACCAUGGACGACAUCGAACCAUCCGCCAUUGGACAGAGACUGACCAAUGGGACGGCUUCGGCCAGCCCCGUCCUCAGCCGUCUGAGAACCAGAGAGGAGGAGAACGGAGAGCUUGGAGUGGGCACCGUGUACACCAAGACCAACGCAGAGAUCGAGAUGAAGAAGAUCAAUAGAGAGGAAUUCUGGGAACAGGCCAAGCGUGAAGAAGAGUUGAGAAAGGAGGAGGAGCGGAAGAAGGUUGCGGAGGAGAGGCAACGCUUUGAGGAGGAGAGAAUGGAGCUGGAAAGGAAGGAGCAAGAGGAUAGAGAGAAGAGGUACCGCGAAAGGGAGAGGCAAAUUGAGGAACACAGAAAGAAGAUGCAAGAGGAAGAGGAGGCCAAAGAGAGGACACGGAACCAGCCCCUCAUAACAGCAGAACCUAGCUAUGAGGAUCUGGAGAAAGAGAACAAGGAGACGGAAGUGGAGGAGGCGAAAGCCCUGAUUGCCCAGCGGGCGGACAAUCCCAGGGAGUUCUUUAAGCAGAAAGAGAAGGCUGUGACCACUGGUGUGGACGUCUCUCCUGUCUCUAUCCACAGGGCCGAUGGUGAUGAUGAAGGGAGCUCAGACCACAGCAUGGGGACGUCCCCAACGCCCAUCCCUAAAAUAGUCACCACACCCAUCCAGGAGGCAGAGGACGACAGCCGGAACGAGUGGGGUGAGCCGAAGCAGCAGCCAGGCCCAGUCCAGGAGUCCACUCCCACCAAGCCCGUUCAGUGCGUGGCCCCCCAGACCCGCCCAGACUCCCAAGCCCCGUCCUCAACCUCGGACGACUACGACCCCUUCUCAGGUUUCAGGCCCCUUCCUGCACCCACUGCUGCAGACCCCCUGGUGGACUUAUGGGACAGCAGUCCUGCCACAGGCUCCGCCCCCUCUCAGGCCCUGCCUCCUGGAGGGCGAGUCCAGCCCCUGCUGAGCUUCGACGAGAUGGGGGACGUACCAUUCUACCCGGGGGGCCCCGGGGGUGCUGAGGACGAGCCCUCCAGCCUGGUGGAUGUGGCUGGGACCCACGAUAUGACCCUGAGCUACCAGCAUGCACUGCAGCAUGCUUCAGAUGACACUCAGCUGAUGACCAAUGGGGAGACUCUGCUCAAAGAAGGGACUCAGGCGAGCGAGGGUUACUUCAGCCAAUCGCAGGAGGAGGAGGACUGCUCUGCUAAAAUGAACCCGACGCCAGUGUUUUAUAACAAGCCACCAGAGAUUGACAUCACGUGCUGGGACACGGACCCUGUAAUGGAGGACAGCGACUAGACGAUGGCGGAGUAGAACAGUCCGGUGGAGGGAAGUAGAAACAACGCAUCAUCAAUGACGAAACUGUUUUUUUUAAAAGUAAUAAUAACAAGUCUUGCAUUUAAAAAAAUCUGUAUAAUGUUCUAGAAUAAAACAAAAAAAUGUUAGCCACCGAAAAGGUUGUCGAGUUAUUGUUAGAGAUGCUAAUUGGUUGAUGAUGAGCUCUUGUUUUUUAAAGUGUAUUUCUUAUAUUUCUCCUUAUUUGCUAUGUAGAGUAAAUAGCAGAGAUUGAGAACUACUUUCUUGCGUACUUAUAUAUACAGCUCAGUAGCUCACGUCUGUGUCUUCUACAGCAGAUAUGACCCCUGUACCAGACAGGUAGCCUAUUAAAAGUUAGAGCAAACCCUUUUGUGAGCAAUCACAAUUAUUCCUACCACAGCCCCCUCCUCCUCUCUCCCCCAACCCUGGGCCACACCUUCCACCCUCCCUAGUGCCAAGAGUUGCCUGCUCUGGCCCUCUCCCCUGAGGCCUAGGGGACCUAACCCCCCCCCCCCAUUCUGGGUAGCUGGUUGGGGAUAAAAGUGGGCACGGUGCCUGGGGGAAGGGCGAGGGGGAUCAGAGAGGAAAUGGUGCCAAGUGUAAUCCUGAAUUUUUCAAUGUGUCAGUUUGGCCAUGGGACCAUGGGACUCGUAAUCCACUGUAGACAGUUUGGCCAUGGGACCAUGGGACUCGUAAUCCACUGUAGACAGUUUGGCCAUGGGACCAUGGGACUCGUAAUCCACUGUAGACAGUUUGGCCAUGGGACCAUGGGACUCGUAAUCCACUGUAGACAGUUUGGCCAUGGGACCAUGGGACUCGUAAUCCACUGUAGACAGUUUGGCCAUGGGACCAUGGGACUCGUAAUCCACUGUAGACAGUUUGGCCAUGGGACCAUGGGACUCGUAAUCCACUGUAGACAGUUUGGCCAUGGGACCAUGGGACUCGUAAUCCACUGUAGACAGAUCGAGAAGGAGCGGGGAACCAGACAAAGGCAUGGCGGACAUCAUAGUACAGGCUGGGAUAGCAGUACUAUUGUACUAUAUCAUAGUAAAACCCUAAAAUAUAUAUAUAUGUGCAAGUCACUUUGAAAAGGAAUAUCUAUCGUAGUUUCUUAUUGUUUAUUGUUGGCAUACACACAUUUUCCCCUAGUCUGUUUUUCUGCUGGGAAAGUAUUAGUGCUAUCCCAGCAUAAAAUCAGACUAGAAGAAAAUGUGUAUAUUUUUUACUACCUAUUAAAAGUGUACUAGAAAUUAAUAUUCAGGAUCUUUGAAUCAUGGCCAUAGCUGUAGUCUCGUUUUGUUUCGUCUCCAGUGAAAACUAGGCAAUAACUAUAUCUAGAGUACUCAGAUGGGAACGAGGACAUUCGUCACACGUUGUGGCACUAUGAACGGAACAGUGUGUCUUGUGCUGAGGUUGUUGGAGAGCUGCCACACUAGUCUCUGCUGUAUGACAUGAUACCCUUCUUUUCAGUAGACACACAUUCACUAUUUUUUGCAUUCCAUCUGUUUAAAUUUCCCUCGUCCUUCUUUUAAAAUGAUGUAGUUCACAUGCGUGCCCCCUUGAUGGCCUCAGAGGCACUAUUGUAAUUCUACCAUUGGGAUUAUGUUGUUUUUGCACAGGUCUCAUUCCCUGCUUGACUUUCACCCAGUCAUCUCAGUUCUGAUUUCACCCCUAAAUGAGAAACAGUAAAGUAGACUAGCUUUGCACGUAGGCCUUAGAAAAUAUUUUGAUCAUCAAGACUCAUUAUCCCCACCCCCACACACACACACGGCUUGUAGACUGUCUGUCUCAGUCUUCCUUCAUAUGAUCUAGAGGUUGUUUAUUAUUGUUACUGUUCAAGGGUAGUUUCAUUUCUGAGAUUCCACACCUCUGAUCUGAUUCUAAAUAAAUCCUGUCAUUCUUAUUCAUAGAGAGAGAACAGUUCUAUAUUGUUAUAUCUCUAUGUUCUUACCACAGAGUUCUGAGUGGGAACCAGCAAGCAAUAAGAAAGAAAAGAAACAGUGUAGUUUUUUUGUCCUGUAAAUAGUGUUUGAUAUUUAGUAAUAUACAACUAAUGAUCGACUAACACUUUUUUGGGGGGGGGGUCAUUGUGAUUAUGACACUUUGAAUUGAGGCUUGUUGUGGGAUUGAGUGAGAUUUUUAAAUGAAGUUUCUUUGAAGAGAGAUUUGAAAUGUGAGUCGUGGUGGGAUUCCAUAUCCCUCGCAGCCUUUUCUGUAUAUGAGAAUCACCUCAUGCUUGGUAAGAGCCGACCAACCUGCAUCUUUAGCAGUAACUGACACCGUUUCCACAUCAUUUCAAUGUAUACUUCUUCACUCUGAUAACCUCCUGGUUAGUGAUUAUUAUUCUCUCCCUAUUGCACUACUAGGAGACUACUACUCUACUACUACCCCUAAUACUCGCCCCAAAGCAAGGCUUAGCUGUUCCUUGGCUUUACUGAUCUCUUUUUAUUUAAAAGAUAGAAAUAAAAAGAUUAUCUUCCCUCUUUUGCGUCCGCUUCUCACACACUGUUUUUUUUAAAUAAGCGCAAGAUCUUUUGUGACAUGCUAGGUGCUGAUGUAUGUUAAUAAAAGAUGUAAAAACCUC